GUUUUAGUAUUUAUUUUUGUCAAUAUUUGUCAUCAAUAAGUUUUGAAUUGACAAAAACGUGUUGUGCUUUUGUAUUUCAAUUGAAUGCAAAGAAAAAGUGAUUCAAUACACAAGAUGUCAACGCAAACGACAGGCCAGACCGCGGCUCAGGGCGCGAGUCAGCACACUAUCAUCAAAUCGGAAAUUGAUUUUCAAAGAUUGAUUAACGGAGAAUGUGAUCGUUUAGUGUCUCGGGCCUCAAACCUCCUGCAAAACAAGUCGUUCACUGACGUGACAUUCAUUGUCGGUCCGCCACAACACUCCAAGAAGUAUGUCGGCCAUCGGGUCCUGUUGGCCAUGACAUCUCCAGUGUUUGAGGCCAUGUUUUACGGAGAUAUGGCUGAUAAGAGUAAAGUGAUUCGCAUACCAGACAUCGCGCCCAUUGGCUUUGAGAAUCUGCUCCGAUAUGCCUAUACGGACUCUUUGAACUUAAAUUCAGUGGAGGACGCGAUGCUAACGGCAUACGCGGCCAAGAAAUACCUUUUGCCCCAUUUGUUACGGGAAUGUCUGACCUAUAUUGAGAAGAAUAUCACUCCUUCGAGUGCAUGUGCUGUCUAUGAGUUCGCUUCUGCUCUCAAUUCACAACAACUCGUCUAUCAAUCGAUGAACACAAUCGACAGACAAACAUAUCAUUGGACACAAAAUGAAUGCAAACGAAGGGCUGCCAACUCUAACGACUGGUCGGUUAUUAGGACUCUUCUCGACGAUAGUACUGUAAUGAAGAACAUACGGUUCCUAACGAUGUCGGCCGAAGAGUUCGCGCGAGUCGUGUCUCAGACCACACAGAAUACGGUUCCCAAAGAGAAUAGCGACGAACAGCAGCCCUCGUAUUUGCCGGCGGAGAACGCCUUCAUGUCAAAGGGCGAGCAAAUCGCGAUCUUCAUGAAUCUGGCCAUUCCUGGAUUAGUUCCCAUCGCCAAAGGACUCAGUCAAGAGACCACUCCUCGAUGCGCACCCCCGGAGUAUUUCACAGUAAGACGGUAUAAGCCGGUCACUUACGCCACGACCACUACAUUAGCGCACGCCUCUCAGGGCGCCGGCGGAGGCAAUAAACCCAUUAAAACGGUUUGCACUAAAUUUCAAGUCAUGAAUUCAGAUCUAUUCAUUGUCGGCGCUUCCAUUCCUAUCCGAUUGGAUCCCGGUUAUUAUUCGGUUCGCACUCCAAAACUCGACUGUCAGUUGAAGUUUACAUCAAAAAUGGGUGUUUCUAGCGAUGGGCCGAUGGGUCAGAGAGAACAGGACGACGCCAUACUCUUGGAUACUGUGGACGACUCAAUAACUUUGGUCAUAUCAAAGGACAAGGACUGUCACGUCAAACUCAAGAGACCCUUAUGCGUAAAGAAGGGUAAUUUCAAUGAACUGCUUCUCACGUUUCAAUCGCCAACACUUAAUGACGAUAUCGUUGUUAUCAAAGGACAUCGAAAUAAGUCGACUCAGACCGAGAUAGUGGACGGGGAGGCCAUAAGUUGGGUGUUCUUCAAGUCAAGUGGACUCGAAUUCAAUGAAUUGUAUUAG